AUGUCCUGCACUAACCUGGCCCAUGCUGGAAGGACCUGCCAGCUUUAGCCAGCCCGUCCUCCGAGGCUGAAGAUGGUGUUGAGGUCCUGCUGAGGGCAGAAGGGCAAACGAGCCAACCCGCAGCUUGCCAGCUCCCUGCACCACCGCAUCCCCCUACGAGAGCCAUGGAGGCCCCCCUGGACGUGCCAGUGGGCAACCUCAUCGACUUCGACGCCGAGACGCCCGCCCCCGCAGAGCGCUCGCCUCCGGACCCCGCCGCCUGCGGCCGCUCGUCCUCCAACGAGUCCUUCUCCUCCAACCAGAGAACCGAGUCGGCCAAGGACGAGGUGGCGGCCGAGCGCCGGGAGUUCAUGCGGCACUACGUGGAGAAGGUCUUCACCGGGGGAGAAGAUCUGGACCAAGAAGAGAAGGCCAAGUUUGGUGAGCUCUGCAGCGGCGAGAAUGGGAAGGGCAGGGAAUGGUUCGCACGAUACGUGAGCGCCCAGCGCUGCAACUCCAAGUGUGUCUCGGAGCAGACCUUCUAUCGCCUGAUGCAAUCUUUCGCCCUCGUGCUGUUUGAGUGUCACCAGAUGGAUGACUUCAGUCCUGCCAAGAAUCUAAUGACCAUGUGUUUCACUUACUACUACAUCGGCAAACCACACGCGCCGCCCUUGGAGACCAAGGAGAAGCCCACGGGCAGCAUCGACUCAUACCUGAAGUCAGCAAACAGUUGGCUGGCCGAGAAGAAGGACAUCGCAGAGCGAUUGCUGAAGAACACGUCAGCCAAAACGGAGAAUGUGAAAGGCUUCUUCGGGGGCCUGGAGACCAAACUGAAGGGCCCCCCAGCCCGGAAGACAAGUGAAGGGGAGGACAAGCCAAAGGAGAAGCUGAAGAAGAAAGUUUCUGUGCAGAGCCCAGAGGAGGAGAAGAAAGGAGAGAAGAUCUACCUGUACAUGCACCUCAAGCAGCAGCCUAUCUGGCACAACCUGAGGUUUUGGAACGCUGCCUUCUUCGAUGCGGUUCACUGCGAGCGGAGGAAGAGGUCUCCCACCACCAGGUAGGACGCGAGCCCC